CGAAACGAACUUUGAGGUUAUGUCACUGUUCUUUGGUUCUUGUUGUCAUAAAAUCUUUAACCUUUUCAGAAUGGAUUAUUAACGAAAAGAUUGAUUUAAAAAGAUGGAAAUUGAUAUUGAAAGCAUUAUAAGAAGGUUAAAUAUAAAUUAUAAUACAAAUUAGCGCCAUCUACAUUACAAAGGCUUAAUCUAAUAAUUAAGUAAUAAUUUAGACUUCGAUAGACGGCGCUUAAAUAAAUUUGUUUAAACAAUUUUGAAGAUAAAAAGCUAAUUCAACAUAAUUAAUUAUUAAACAUAGAUAUUUCGAUGAUCAACCUCCAAAACGAAACGAGCUUUGAGGUUAUGUCAUGUUUAUUUGUCAAAGUGACGUUUAAGUUAACCUCGAAAUUUUUAAUUUUUGUAUUAAAUGAGCAAAAAGAGGCAGAAAAAUCGAGAUGAAGACAACGGAUUUGGAGAAUGGGGUGGUUACAUGGAGGCGAAAAAAGCGAAACUUUCGGAGCAAUUUGAUGUUAUUUCAUCUAAUAUUGAGAAAAAAUCGUUAAUUUUCGAGGGAAUUUCAAUUUUAGUUAACGGUUAUACCCAGCCGAGUGCUGAUGAGUUAAAAUUUUUGAUGGCUGAGCACGGAGGGAGGUUUCAUUUGUAUCCGAAUCAAAGAGGGGUUACAACUCACAUUAUUGCAACUAAUUUGCCCAACAUAAAGAUUAACCAAGGAAACAUCCCUGUUGUUAAUCCCAAAUGGAUCACAGACUCAAUUGAUGCUAAAAAAUUGGUCUAUUUUAAAAAAUAUUUGUUAUAUAGCAACGAAUCAAAAACACAACCUAAAUUAAACCUAAAUAAAAACACAAAAACAGCUAAUGACCCAGAAUUUCUCGCCGAGUUCUACAACAACUCUCGUUUACAUUUAAUUUCGACCCUGGGAGCUGAAUUUAAGCAAUUUGUGAACGAAUUACGCGAAAAAUCCAUUGGAAACUUCCCCGGGUUAAAUAAAUUAAUGAAUUCAACUAAAUUACCACGAAAUUACGAAAAUUGCGUUAUAAUGCACAUCGAUAUGGAUUGUUUCUUUGUUUCUGUUGGGUUAAGAUCUCGCCCAGAACUAAAAGGUCGCCCCGUAGCUGUGACCCAUUCGAAAACGGGCCAAAUUAAUCGCAAAAACGAUAUUAAAAAGGAACUAGAAAUGUGGGGGGAAAAAAAUUCGAAAUUAAUCAACAUCGAUAAUAAAUCGUCAAUGUCGGAAAUUGCGAGUUGUAGUUACGAGGCGAGAAAAUCGGGCGUUCGAAACGGGAUGUUGAUGGGGGCCGCGUUAAAACUUUGCCCCGAUUUAACUCCGAUCCCCUACGAUUUCGACGAAUACAAAAAAGUUUCGAAAAUUCUUUACGAAACGAUCUCUGAGUACACCGUUGAUAUCGAAGCGGUGAGUUGCGAUGAGAUGUACGUCGAUGUGACCGGGAUUUUAAAGAAAACGGGGGUUUGUGUCGAUGAGUUCGCGAAACAUAUUCGGGGCGAGAUUAGUUUAAGAACUGGGUGUCCGUGCUCUGCGGGGUUUGGGGAAAAUCGACUUCAAGCUAGAAUGGCUACGAAAAAAGCUAAACCAAACGGGCAAUAUCAUUUAAAAGACGGGGUUUUGAGUUAUUUUGAAAGUGUUAAAUUGGAGGAUUUACCCGGAGUUGGGUGGAGCACUUUGAAGAAGUUAAAAAAUUUGAGGUUAGAAACUUGUGGGGACGUCCAAGGGAUAAAUUUGAAUACAUUACAAUCAGAAUUAGGCGAAAAAUUGUCAAAAUUAAUCCAAGAUUAUUCCCGGGGAAUUGACCCAAAACCUUUGCAAUACGAACAUGAACGAAAAUCAGUUUCGGCCGAUGUUAAUUACGGAAUUCGAUUUAAAAACCAUGAAGAAUCAUUAAAAUUCUUAGAGUCCCUCUCAAAAGAAGUAUUUUUUAGAUUAUCCGAGAUCAAAAUGAAAUCGAAAUGUGUUACGUUAAAGCUGUUAAUUCGAGCUAAAGACGCCCCAAUUGAGACUGCUAAAUAUUUAGGUUGUGGAGUUUGCGAUGCUUUAUCGAGGAGCACAACGACUAAUUUUUAUUUAGACUCAUCCGAAACGAUUUUUAAAGAGGCGAAAAGUUUGUAUCAAAAAUUGGGGGUUAUCCCGGAAGAUUUAAGAGGCGUUGGAAUCCAAUUAUCGAGGUUGGAGAAGGUUAAUAAAGUUGUUAAUAAUGCGAUGAGGAAUUUUUUAACCAAAAAGUUACAAGAUAAUGAAAUUAAAAUUAAAAGAAAAGAUGUUAAUGUAGAAAAACCAGAGAAAAAGAAAGUUUUAACUAAUUAUUUUAAAGUGGAAAAGUUAGAUUUUAAUAGAGAAGUGAAAAAAAAGGGGUUAAGUGUCGAUAUGGACGUUUUAAAAGCUCUCCCGGAGGAGAUUCAAAAAGAAAUCAUCGACGAGUACGAUUUAAAACCUUUAAAAGUUAAUACAGAGUUGAAUAAACCAAAAUUGAUUGAUACAAACAAGGCGAAAAAGACAAAAAGUUUUAGUGACUUAUCCCUGGAGAGUUUAAGAGUUUUAUUAAAAAAUUGGAUUAACACCGAACCGAAAGAAAUCGACGUCGAAAUGCUUGGGGGUUACUUAAAAAGCUUGGCGAUUAAGCGGGAUUUAAACACUUUGUAUCCAAUUAUUAGAUUUAUUUAUAGGAUCAUUAACGAAAAAUCUUGCGUUUGGCACGAAAUUUACGCAAAAUUAAUCGAUUUUACUCAAAAGGGGAUGAAAGAAUCUUUCGGGAAACUUCUCCACGUCGAAAAAAAAUUUUAUUGUGGAAUUUUACAUUUUUAAUUAAAAAUUAAGGUAAAUCAACAAUUACAU